AUGCAUUUAUGCAACUCGAAUUCAUUACACUUGGAUAUUAUUUGGAUUAAAGCUGAACUACAUAUAUUUUUGCAUUCACUUUACUCAUCCACAUCAUCACAAUCAAUAUUGUUGUCGUCUUCUUUGUCAUUGCCAACGUCAUCAUCAUUAUGGUUUUUACCCUCAACCAUAUCUAAAAUAUUUUUCAAGCUAUUUUCCUUACUGAGAUCAUUAGUACGGUUCAACGAUAUUCUCGUGACAUAUUAUUUACGAUUUUACGUGAUAUGCAUUAAAUAUCUACUAGGACAAUGUUUAACCCGAUACAGGACUAUUAUGACAAAUAAGGAUGUCAUUAAUUAUCGGUAUUUCAAAAACAAUCAUAGAAUCCAGUUGUCAUCAAGACGAAGUACUCACUUUCAUCAACAUCUCUCAUGGUAUAGAGAGAUAAAAACUGUUUCUGAUCACCUGAAAUCCUCAAAAAACAUGAAUUAUGAAACAGCUAUUUCUGACACUGCUCAUAAUGAAUGUAUAAAUACUGCUGAGUAUGAUUCCAGUAAACAUUUCCGAUGUUAUUCAUAUCGAACAAUCAGUUCCAAAAGCAGUUUUCAUCGAUUUGAAUUUACCAUGCAAUAUUAUGCUAUAUUUGUGUACCUAUUAUUCACUUUAUUCAAUGUACAAUGUAUCAAUGGUAAACCUACUUCAUUGUCUAAAAAUGGAACUUUUGCCGAAACCACUUCAUCGAUUUACUCUUCCGACUUGUCAUCAUUAACAAUAUCGCCAGAUUCAUCUUUAUCUCCACCCUCACUAGUAAUAUCGUCUAAUCACACAAUGGAAGCAUCAAGUGUGGAUGAUUUAUUGUUACAGUAUUUAGAUUUAUCAACUUUUCAAACAUUAAGUUCUACUCAUUCAAGUCGUAAAGUACCAAUAACAAAUGUGAUUAUGCGUUCACAUAGAUCUAGACGUAGCUUAUCAUUUUAUAUGUCUAAUUUAGAUACUUCACCAUUGCUUUUAACUCCGUUCGCACAAAAUUAUUCAAUGAAAGCAAGAUUUUUAAGCAUCGAUAACAAUGGAACUAUUAAACUAGUUAAAUCCUAUAAAGAUACAUCUGGUAAGUUGUUGCAAUGUUAUCAUAAUAUUACUGAGUUAUUAGUAACGACUUGA